AAGUUGCAUUCUGUUGCCUGUUAGCGCGAGGAAAUGUUUUGGAGGUUGUCCGGUUAGCCGUUCGAGAGGCAUACUUUAUUUAAAGCAGGCGCUUUACAAAACUAACGAGUUGAUAUUUGAAUCAUAUUUGUAUUUACUGGGCAGUAGCAUCAUAUCAAGAUGUCAGAAGACCUGAUGAAACAGUUGAGCAGCUACAAAGCCCAGCUGCAGCAAGUAGAAGUUGCCUUAUCUACCGACCAGGAAAAUGAAGAUCUGCUUAAACUCCAGAAAGACUUGCAGGAAGUCAUUGACCUGACAAAAGACCUUCUGACCUCUCAGCCUGCUGAUGGGGCUUCCAAGACAAGUGGUUCAGACACAGUUCCCACAAAGCAUAGCUGGAAAGUGGGAGACAGGUGCAUGGCUGCGUGGAGUCAGGAUGGACAGGUGUAUGAGGCUGAAAUUGAGGAGAUAGAUCGAGACAACAGCACUGCAGCUGUUACCUUCACUGGAUAUGGAAAUGCCGAAGUGAUUCCUCUGCAGAACCUUAAAGUGGCAGAGGAGGGGAAACGUUCCGAUGAGGAUGGAAGUAUAAAGCCAAAGUCAAGAAAAGAGCAGAUAGCAGAGCAGCGGGAGUAUAAGAAGAAGAAAGCCCAAAAAAAGGUCCAGAGAAUGAAGGAGUUGGAGCAAGAAAGAGAGGAGCAAAAGUCAAAGUGGCAGCAGUUCAACAACAAAGCUUACUCAAAGAACAAGAAAGGACAGGUAAAGAGAAGCAUAUUUGCAUCUCCAGAAAGCGUAAAUGGGAAAGUGGGAGUGGGAACAUGUGGUAUUGCAGAUAAACCUAUGACCCAGUACAAUGACACAUCCAAAUACAACGUCAGACAUCUAAUGCCACAAUAAUGUAAUAUAUUAUGUACAUAAUAAUUCGCUGUAUACCAAUUGUAUCAGUGCUUUCCAUUGUGUUUAUACAUUUAUGUUUCUCAAGUAAAGAAAGCUUUCAAAGAAAAUUUGCUUGCACACCUGUGUUUGAAAUAUUGUUGUAGUUUUCUUAUGUAUUAUGUAGAUACAACAAAAAUCCAUGAGGGAUUUUCUUCCUGCACUGGAACAAGGUCAUUUGUUAUGUAACAACAGGAAGUGGUGUUUUAGGUAAAAGAGCCGUUUUGUUUUUGUCCCCAUAUUUGACUGAGGCAAAACACCUGCUGGGAUCUGUAUAGACACACCUUUAGAUAUGGGUUGUACAUUUGAGGCAGGAUUUUUAAACUCUUGACACAUAGUGAGGAUAUUUGAACAUUAAUAAUUGUGUUGAUUUAAAAUGGCUGAAUUUGCAUUUUAAAUUGUAUAUAUACAUAACAGUGAAAUAAACCUUUUGUUUUCAGUUUUUAAAA